UUGUUAUCUCCCCGAAAGAGAUAGCAAAAUUUAUUAGCGGAUAUACGAACGCAUAAAUUGUAUCUGUUAUAUAAUACAACGCGUGCAGUUGGGUUUAUGAUCCGACCGACGAACUACCUAUCGUUCACCGACCGACAGCGUGAAACAAUUGAUUUGUUUUGAUCGUAUCAGUAGGACACCUCACGCAAAUCGUUCCCUUUCAUUGUUUCGAACGGCAAUUGACUCGUUGCAUUUCAUUGCUGCACUAUCAUUACCAUCGCAUCAGAAGACACUUAGCUAAUUGACGGCGACCGUCUUAUGCCAGUUACCCCUCUUUCAGUACCGAGAAGUGAUGGAGCGCUACUCGCCCUGGGGACGCAAAGGCGGAGGUGCCCCAAACGACACCGUUCGUAUUCGGAACAUUCAACUGCAUGGACUGUACCCGGAGGCAAAAAAUGAUAUUCGCAAUCCAGUUUCCAUGCAGCGGCCCAAGGGAGUGAGUGCCGGCGGUGGUGGUGCACCGUUGCGGAACGCUUCAGGUCAAAUUGUUGCUGGGCUAACGGAUGAUCCUAUCAUUAGUUUCAACGAUGCCAAUCGGUACCACGUGGACAUUGAUCUGCGAUAUAAAACGACACCAGCACAGAAGCAGAUAUAUCGAGCGGAACUGGACCGGAUUGUGGCCGAUAAGGAGAACCGGCAGAAAGCCAGAAGCUCCGAUUCAGACGGUAAAUCGAAUGGAGGGCCAUGGGGAAAACCGGGUCCAGGUGGAAAACCAUGGAGACCGCCAAAGAAUGUUGGGCACAACUUUAUGAAAUCAAUGGGUUGGACCAAUAAGGAAACUCUGCAAGAUCUAGACAUCGAUAUCGUAACGAGAAUGCAACGCCAGCUGGAGGAGGAAAAUAAGUACUUGAAAAAGUUUUCCAACUGCUGCGACCGGUGCGUGUGCCAAUGCAUCAGCAAUAGCCUCACCCCAGUUGCCAACGGUAGCAUUGGAAGUGCUAAGAUGUCACGAACCACCGUCAGCCCUCCUAGAGUACUGAUGGCACCGCCAGCAACGGCACCAAGUCAACCGAUGCGGUACGAAGCAAACCCCAGCACCGAUAAGAUCACGGAUCGUCGUGUACCGCGGCUAUGUCAGCAGGGUCAACCAAAUACACCGGGGCGGGCUCCGAUUGCUAAAAAGGGGGCUAAGAUCACACCGACUCGUAACUGUAUGAUAACGGGGGGCGUUGAGCUGGUUCCACUGCUGGCCAAAAGACGCUCACAGCAGAGGCCAAUUAGUCUCGGUACAACCGAUAUAACCAAGAUCGAUAAGUACAGCUCCAAUGGCAGCAGUACCGUACGCCAUUCCGGCGAUGAGUACCUCCACGAACUGAAUCGCCAGAUGAACCAGAAACAGAGAAAGAUAGAAUCCUGCCGGGUCGUAGAAUUUGAAACCAGCAAGCAACACUUUGAGACGUGGUCCUCGUUCUGGGGUAGACCGGGACACGGCGCACCGUUACCAAACAAAAACAAGCUAAAUCUGGACAAUCUGCUUUACGCUGUGACACGGUAAAGCAGCAUCUGUGCCACAAUGACUAUGCUUUCAUGAAUUUCGGUUUAAUAUAGUUUAGCAGACCUUCGUACAAUUUAAUUGACCUUGUCCACUUGCUGCAAAACAAGUGGUAGCAAGGUUAGUAUUCAAAUUUGAAAUUCAUUUAGCAGUCGAUAGCUAACUUCAUAGUUACCUAUUGUUAGGCGCUGGAAGUAGCUCUAAGGUAAGCGUGCAGCGAUUAUAUACCUAGUACACCAAAUUAUUGUAUUUAGCCUACCCACCAUAAUACAAUCGCUUGAGAGAAGAGGCAAAUAACGGGUUUUAAACUCAUAGCAACUUCAUACUAGGGAUUAUUAAAGCAUCAUAGGCUAAUAGAAACAGUUUUACCAAGCUUGUAAAAAACAUAAAAUUAUAAUAGAUUACUGCUUCAAUUCAUUGAUAAUUAAAAUAAAGAUGUUAGGUACUUUCGUCGUUCUGUUCGCAAAGGAAGAAUAGUAAAGUCAGAAAAAUUCUGGAAUAGAUAACGUGAUUUACCAGAAAUACCUGUAAUGUUAUUGCCAAUGUUGCAAUAACAGUAAAAAAUUAAUAUCGCAAAUUCAUACAUGGUAAAUGGUUACCUGAAUUACGCAAAAUUACAUUGAUAAUUGAAGCAAUCACCCGCCAUUGUUGAAAAAACUAAUUCGAAUAGUCUAAAGAAAAUUAAAACUCUUUUAAAAUGCUAAAAAAUACAAGUAUGAGUAAACAUGUAGCUAUAAUAUUAUAUAUCAAAAUGUAGAUUAUUGUUAAAGUUGUUCUAGUAGACAAUAGAAUCCAUUCAAAUGACAUGACAGCGAACAUUUUUUUCCAUUUAGACUAAUGUAUAUAAACUAAACUAUUCCUAUGUUAAGUAUCAGAUAAUUUAUAACGUAUUCAAAUAAUAAAUAAAAACGGGAACACAUAGCA